GCUCAUCCCGAUCUUGUUCUCUCUGCGCUGCAGAAAUCCCUGAGGACUCUCCAGUUGGAAUACCUGGAUCUAUAUCUCAUCCACUGGCCAAUCAGUGCAAAGCCAGGAAAAUUAAAGUUGCCAAUCCCCCAAGAGGAGCUUCAACUAAUGGAUUACAAGUCAGUAUGGGGUGCCAUGGAAGAGUGUCAAAGGCUUGGCCUCACCAAGUCUAUUGGUGUCUCCAACUUCUCUUGCAAGAAGCUUGAAAACAUAUUCUCCUUUGCCACCAUCCCCCCAUCCGUGAAUCAAGUGGAGAUGAACCCUCUCUGGCAACAAAAGAAGCUAAGGGAAUUCUGCAAGGCCACAAAUGUAAUUGUUACAGCCUAUUCGCCUUUGGGAGCAAUUGGCACUUGGUGGGGCUCCAAUCAUGUUUUGGAUAACGAAACACUAAAAGAGAUUGCUAAAGCUCAUGGAAAGACUGUUGCUCAGGUUUCUCUGAGAUGGUCGUAUGAGCAAGGAGCAACUUUUGUGGUUAAGAGCUUCAACAAGGAGAGGAUGAAGCAGAAUUUGCAGAUAUUUGAUUGGGAAUUAACCAAGGAGGAUCACAAGAAGAUCAACCAGAUUCCGCAACGGAGGUUCUGGCUUAAUGAGGGAUUCAUCUCCCCUAAUGGACCCUUCAAAACCCUGGAUGAACUCUGGGAUGGUGAGCUUUAGACCUUAAAUUGGUUUCAUAUUUCAGACAAAUGUGAGUAUAUGCGUGCCGACAUUAUGGGAAGAUCCUCAGUGAAUUUGUUAGGACACUUGGUCUUAGUAGUUUGUAUGUUAGCUUGGAUUUGGCAAUCCCAUAUUACGUUAGGGACUAUUUGGGGUGAAUAUUUUCUGUAUGAAUAAAUAAUCUGUUCCGUG